AUGACGCUUAAAGACUUUCAGAAGAUGCUUAUAGCUUUGAGUUCUCUAUUGAAACAGGAAUUAAGAACAUUUCCAGAAAGUUGGGAUGUGGCUCUUAUUGCAAGGAUACAAAAGACGGUAAGCGAACAUAUAAUUCCUGUUCGAAGAGUUAUACCAAAGCAAAGAAAGAUUGUGCCACAACUGGCACGGUAA